UGCGCGCUAUCGGUAUGCCGGUUUCCGUUUGAGCCGGCAGAUACAAGGAGCAACAUAGGAAUAGUGGAAUAACCGGCAACUUAACCCGUCAUGUGUGCGCUAGUGUCUUCCCAGCUCUCGCAAACUCUGCUGGACGAAUGGCAAAACCGGCUUGCGAACGCUAACUCCUUCGAGGAGCUCAUCUCCGUGGCGCAUGAAAUUUGCCGACUCAAGAGCUCUGCCUCGGACGAUCGGUCGUUAAACACACAGGAACUGACCGACCAACUUUGCUCGUUUUUGAGCAACCGGACACCAGUCUCGGUACGCAAAGUGAUAUGUAAAGCAUACUUCCGGAUGAUGCUGAGGGACAUGGACAGCACCACCAAGAAUUCUCGAGACUCGUUCCAUACGGCACCGCAGCCAGCGUUAUCGUCCGUGCCGGCGUUACUCGAACACACCUUAGUCGGUGUUGACGAUCCGCUCGAUAGCACAAUCGUCUACGGUAUACUGCAGUCCAAGUUUUUGUCACAAACGACGGGCCUGUUUCCACUUUUGCAGCAGCAAAUUGUGACACGCACGGUCGAGCAAUUCACUGCCUAUAGAGCUGGCGGUUUCCCACAGUGGUACGGCACAGUGAUCGAGAAUUUGAUCGCGCUCCACGAGGCGCGUGCCCUUCCGGCACUGCUGCAGAACUACAAUCGGCUGUGGCCGCACGUGUUGGUCAAUCUCGACUCACCGUAUGCUGGCGUACGCGAAAGCACACUGAAGCUGCUCCGGGCUAUAUUGGGCCAUGGCGAGUUGCUGCGCAAUGGCAACCUAUCCUCUACCGUGGCCAGCUGGUCAUGGCUGAAUCGGAAUAAGUUUCACGUCGUUGCCUUGCUGAUCGAGAAGCAAUCGUACGGACUCGCUCUGGAAAUUGCGGGCUUGCGUGGGGUUCACGUCGCAUGGGGAGACGUACUGGAAUUAUCGCUUCAACACAAACACCUGCUACCGGCCGGCCAAGCGCUGCUGCGCGCACUGUACAGCAAGCAGCCCGAGACGGAUAUUGUGCGGCAGAUUCGAGAGUUGCUAAUCAAAGCUAGUAUCGCCAAUUGUAUCUACAUAGUAAGGUACUGGUUACACCUGUUGACUGCGGAACACCGAGUACAGCUGUUCCAUCAGCUUCACCUUGACUUAGCCAUCACGGAUAAACAGGUGCAGGAUGCUGAAACAGCAGCUCGCAACCGGCCGGCUGAGAGGCUCUUCAUCCUAUUCGCGUACGGGUUUCGUGUGCAGUACGAAAAACACAUUCAACUAGUGGAGACGCUUAGGCAGCUGUGCGCAGUAGCAGGACCGAACAAGGCACGUACCCAGCUCGAACGGUGCAUGCUGAUGGAAACGUUUGCCCAUCAUGCGAUGGUCGCGCUAACAGGCGUGCUGCUGUGCAAUGGAUCAUUUCAUCCACCAACGAUGGAACAGGUAUUGCAGCUAUCUGUCCGCGGCAUUACACUGGUUACCGCGGGGCGCGUCCAGUCUAGCUUGGAUUUCAAGUUCAGGCUUGUCGCAGCCGUCGAGUGUAAGAAGCUGAUGGAGAAGGUGCUGCACGUGUUGUUAGGAUUGCAUGGCACCGAGCGAGACCUGCAGACUGUGCACGAUGUAAAGCGCAGCAUCGAUGAAGUACGUCGUGUCAUCAGCAUCGAAACGAAUGACCCUACGUGCAAACGACCUGCUAUUCCGUACGGCGUCACAUUGGAGGAUGCAGUGAGUCAGCUGGUCACCAAGACGGCAGAUCUGUUGAUUGCGCAACAGGUCCAUCGGUGCGAUUUUUACUAUGCUGCCGUUGUUGUAGGAAAGCGCAACGAAUCUGGCCAGCUAGCCACGAUUGUGGAUGAGCUAGGCGAGUGGCUGGACGUUUGCCGAACAUUUCGCCACCCUGCCAUACUGCCAACGAAGCCAAUAUUCGAAAGCCUUUCGUCAACGGUGUUGGGUACCGUGGAGCUCGCCAUGACACUGUUAACUGUGGCGAAGAGUGAAGACUGGAGGACUGGGUUUAGUGUAGCUAACGAAUACGACAGCUUGCUCAGCCUGCUGAACCAUUCGCCAGCCUGGAACGUUCACCUAGAGACGAUCGUCAAUCAUCAGAGGCACAAUAACGGGGACAGUUUGUACGAAAAGCCGCUGAACGAGUUGCGCGAUAAGCUGUGGCAAACGGUGACGUCGUCGGCGAAGUUGCUCGCUAGCUAUAGCAUUUGGCUGUUGCAAAGCUGCCCUGGUGAUCCCUACACAGCGAAUACAUUUCAGAAAAUUUUAUCCACAUUAGUACGGUGCCAGCUCGAAUGCAUUCACCCACGGCAGCUCCUAUCGAUAAGCGGCAGUCUCGGUCAGUUGCUACAGUGCGCAGGCAAAACAAAGCUACGCUUGCAGUCUUCCGUGCCGUGCAAUGAGCAGAAAGUUGCUGAAACGGUCAUAGCGUGCUUCGAAUCGCACGUCAAACAGUUCUUCGAGUACCACUCGUCGGAGGGCACGACGCUGGCGUACCGGAACCAUCGAGGAUUCUUCUCGUUCGUUGCUUUGUUUAUCCGCAACGACCUGCACAGCGGUGUGGACGGCUCGUUUUGGUACAAGUUUCUUCACGACCGGCUGGGCAUUCCGCCCUCAGAAUACGUUAUGGAAUGUGCCAACAGGGAGAGUGAGCGGGCGCCCCAGCUGGUGGGUAAAGUCGGUGCGCUUGAUAUGCAUUUGCUCACAUUGCUUGCCGAGGAUGCGUCGCUGACCGAGGUGAUACUGGAGCGCGUUGAUGAGCUCCUGAUUCUGGCGCUUGUCCGGACAGGUUCCGCGCGAUGGAUCGAGCGCAAUGCGGCUAUUUCGCUGUGGUCCACGCUUGUCACCAAGCUUACUGGGUUGCUGCCAACUGCCGAUACCGACCCGGUGCAGAGUGAUUGGGUGCCGCUACAGAUGUCACUCGAUCUGCUCGUCUGCAAAGUACCGCGUUCCUCCCGCUACAUACUGCUGUCACUGCAGCAGCUGGCGAAACGGAUGGAGAACGGAUCAGAAACAAUGAUUGCGGUGGAUGAGUCCUGCACACUGGUGCCACUUCUUUCGCUCCUGGCAAGGGUCGAAUAUCGCGGAUACGGCAUCAAGGAUGUAGAGACGUAUGUCGUGCAGCUACGCGCAUUACUGUACAAACUGUUGCCGCACAUAAACCAUAUUGUGCGCCAGCAGAUCGCCAUUUGUCUGGCCAAUGCCCACGAUGGAGGCUGUCUAAAGACAUUUCUUGUUGACCACAUCCCGCUUCUCUUUGUCACCGGAAAAGAUCAAAAUUUUCAACACGGGCUGUGCCUGGCCCUUCUCGCUGCCGCGCGCAAAUUCAAAAGCCAUCAACAUUUCCAGCUGGGUCGUCACACAGAGGACGCAUUCAGUUCGCUUAAGUCGGUGGUGAAAACACACUAUAGACAAGAUGCAGCUGCAGCUCCUCUUUUUUCAUCGUCGAAAAACGAUCUUUAUCGCAGCAGCCUGGCGAAUCUAUUGCACUACCUAGGUUUCAAUUCUUCAGAUGACGUCGUUCAGGGACUACUCGGAUCAUAUGCCGAAGAGGACCGGUGCUGGGCGCAACCGAGUUGCACUGUAAAGCACGAUGCAAUAGACGACGACUACGACGACGACAAUGACGACGGCGAAGAAGAAUUGUGAAGAAAUGUUAAGGUAUCGUGAUAUGAUUGCUAAUCGAUUUACUUGCAGCAUCCGGCGUGCGACGCUCUCCUACAAAAACGGUAAAACGGUAGCAGGUUGUAUGUGCUGCGCCAACUUACCUGCAUUCACCACAAUUGUGCCACGAGAUGAUACUGGAAUGCAAUAAAGGGCGAUAUGAACGCAGCA